AUGAAAUUAGGGAAAGUCUGGAUUUUCAUAGCUUUAGUAUAUGUAGUUACUAGCUUAAAAUGUGAAAAUGUUAAUAACAAAAAAAAUGGUAAUAAUGUAGAGAGGAAUAGUGAGAUUGAUAAUAUGAAUCGAGAACAGAUUUUAGAAAACAAUAUUAAUGAAGCACAUAGAAAGAUAAAAGAAUGUGAAAAUCAAAAAAAUGAAUUAGCUAUUCAAAUUAAAAAUGUUCAAAAUAGUUUAUAUAAAUAUACAGAAAAUAAUAAGAAUGAAUUAAAUUUGUGCAUAUCUCAAAUGAGUAAAACUGAAAAUUUGUUUAAAAAGUGUAAAGAAAAGGAACUAAAACAUAGUGAAGAAAUUAAAAAUAUAACAAAUGAAUAUAAGGAGAAUUUAAAUAAAAAGGAAAACGAAAAAAAAAACUUUGAAGAUAAAAUAAGUAACUUAGAAAUUAAAAUAGCUAAUGCUGAAUAUAAAUUAAAUAAUUGCAAUAAAAAAUAUGAAAAUUAUUACUAUAAUAAUGGAUAUGAAAAUGCGGAAAAUUAUUUAAUAUCUUAUGAUAUGAUUAAGGGAUAUUUUUAUAAAAUUUAUAAAAUAUAUAAAACAAUUUAUAUCAUAAUAAUUGAAAAUACAUAUUUAUUUGAAAUAUUUAACAAAAUUUAUAUUAUAUAUUAUAACUUGAUUAAAUAUGCAAAAAUGUAUGGUACUUUGGCAAUUAGUAGGAUAUAUGAAUUUUAUGAAUUUAUACUAAACAAUAAUAUAACAAACAUAAUUAUAAAUAUAUAUAAUAAUUACAUUUCUAAAUAUUAUCACCUUUUUUUAAAAAAUAAAGUUAAUAAUAGUAUUUUAUCGCCUAGUUAUGAUUUAAUUUUAAAACAUAUUAAGAAUAUAAUUCCAAUAUUAUUAACAUUAAAAGAUGGAUAUUUUAAAUAUGUAGAAUAUUUUGUCCAAAAAUUAAAUAUAAAUGCAGAAAAUUUAGUAAACAAAAUAAAUACUAUAAAUCCAGAAUUAAAGGGAAUAAUACCUACUAACUUACUUGAUCAAAUAAUAUUUUUAUUAUUUUUCACUAUUGUUAACUUUAUUCACAUAUAUAUAUUGUUUUAUAUUAUAUAUAUAUCAUUUAAAUAUUCCAUAAAAACUAUAACAUGUUUAUUGGGAUGGAUAUGGUUUUUUAUUUCAUCCAUAUUUCAACUUAUAAUUUUUAUUUUAACAUUGCCAAUUAGGCCUUUUAUACCAAAAAAAAAUCAUAAAAAUAGAAAGAUAUACAGAAGACAUGAUGAUAAUGCUUAUGAUAAUUCAGAAAGAUUAUCCUAUCAACAACAUGAAUACAAAAAAUUAUACAAAAGUCAAAAUGCAUAUCAAAGAAAAUUUUAA